AGCUUCUUUUUUUUUCUUUUUUUUUUUUUUUUUUGGUAAGACCUUAGAACUUUUAUCCUUCUGAAUUUAUUCAGGAAGGCAUAGGCAUAUAAAUCUUUGCUCUGUGAAGACUUUGAAUUGUCUAUUAUGUGAUCAAAUUGUUUCUACUGUUUGUGGCUCUAAGUGGUGCAUAAGACGGAUGAAUUUUGAUCUUGUACAUUAAGUCAUAUCUGGUUAUAUGGACUGAAAGGUCUUGAGUGAAACAGAAAUACUAGGUUAUAGUAUAGUAUAGUAUAGUAUAGUAUAGUAUAGUAAAGUAUAGUGUAGUAUAGUAUAGAAUUCUACUCUGACAGCCUCAUAAUGAAGAAAAGAAUAUAUUAACAUAUCUGUAUUAGGGUACUAUGGAGCAAAGUAGACCAGCCUUUCUCUGUGCUUGAUUUUAACCAAUAAAGAAACAUGAAGUAUCUUAACCAUGGUUGCUUAUAGAAUAUAUUUAAGAAGUUUCUGAAAUCAAACUAAGAAGAAGUUUAAAAAUGACCAGAGUCCAGAGUUCAUUUCAAACCAGGAAAGAAGAGUAUGGUGUGGGAGGAGCAGACAGAGACCUGGACUAAUGGAUGAAUGUAAUCUUGUUUAAUUUUAGAAUAUGAAAAUGCUGGUAACUGUAAAACGUUAGUAGCAUAGCAAAUAAGACCACAACAGAACAGCUGGAAUGGGGGAAAGGAUAAAAGAAAGAAGGAGAAAAAAUGUUGUGACUGAAAACUCAAAUUGCUCACUAAUACCACUCCUAGCAUUAUUUUCACUACAAAACUCACUUGAAUGCCAUUAGAGCACAAGCAAGAAUGAGCUAUUACGGCAGCAGUUACCGGAUCGUGAAUGUGGACCCCAAGUACCCAGGCUGCCCCCCGGAACACAUGAUAGCUGAGAAGAGAAAAGCCAGAAGACGGCUGCUGCACAAAGAUGGGAGCUGUAAUGUCUACUUCAAGCAUAUUUUUGGAGAAUGGGGAAGCUAUGUGGUUGACAUUUUCACCACUCUCGUGGACACGAAAUGGCGACAUAUGUUCGUGAUAUUUUCUCUAUCUUACAUUCUCUCCUGGUUGAUCUUUGGCUCCAUCUUUUGGCUCAUAGCCUUUCAUCAUGGAGAUCUGUUAAAUGAUCCGGACAUCACGCCUUGUGUGGACAAUGUGCACUCUUUCACAGGGGCAUUUCUAUUCUCCCUGGAGACCCAGACAACCAUCGGUUAUGGCUACCGCUGUGUCACUGAAGAGUGCUGCGUGGCAGUGCUCAUGGUGAUUCUUCAGUCCAUCCUAAGUUGCAUCAUCAACACUUUCAUCAUUGGAGCAGCCUUGGCUAAAAUGGCAACAGCACGGAAGAGAGCCCAGACCAUUCGUUUCAGCUACUUUGCACUCAUAGGCAUGAGAGAUGGGAAGCUUUGCCUCAUGUGGCGUAUUGGUGACUUCCGACCCAACCAUGUGGUAGAAGGGACAGUUAGAGCUCAACUUCUGCGCUACACAGAAGACAGUGAGGGGCGAAUGACAAUGGCUUUUAAAGACCUCAAAUUAGUCAAUGACCAGAUCAUUUUGGUGACACCAGUAACUAUUGUUCAUGAAAUUGACCAUGAGAGCCCUCUGUAUGCCCUUGAUCGCAAAGCAGUGGCCAAAGAUAAUUUUGAGAUUUUGGUAACAUUUAUCUACACAGGUGAUUCCACUGGGACAUCUCACCAGUCUAGAAGUUCCUACGUUCCUAGGGAGAUUCUCUGGGGCCACAGGUUUAACGACGUCUUGGAAGUAAAGAGAAAGUAUUACAAAGUUAACUGCCUGCAGUUCGAGGGAAGCGUGGAAGUGUAUGCCCCUUUUUGUAGUGCCAAACAAUUAGACUGGAAAGACCAGCAGCUUCACAACAUGGAGAAAGCCUCGCCAGCCCGAGAAUCCUGCACGUCAGACACCAGUGGCAGGCGGAGGUCAUUCAGUGCAGUUGCCAUUGUCAGUGGCUGUGAAAACCCUGAGGAGAGUACCACUCCAGUCAGAGAUGUGUGUAAGGAUCCACCUUAUCAGAAAGCUUUUCUCACUUUAAACAGAAUUUCUAUGGAAUCCCAGAUGUAAUCCCACAUCAAAGAGGGCUAGCAUGUAGUUUCCCAUCUUAAUCAUCCAAUCAUCUUAAGGCGAGUAUUGAAAAUAUGCCUCUUAAAAUUAAUAGACCUGUUUUGGAUGGUGAUGGUAGUAAGUGGAAUAGGUUAAACUCGGUGAAAGGUAAUCUAAAUUUUCCAUUGUUUUGUAUUAUUAAAUUUUGUGCUACCAAAAUUUUGUGUUAGGAAUGCUAUUAAACUUCUUCUCCUAUUAGCUUACAUAUUGAUUUUUUGGAUAGAGAUGUGAUAUUCAGUAAUGAGGAGUAAAGUGCUGAAACUGAAAAAGUAGGAAGACUGGUAAAUUAGGAUGCAUGUAAGUCUUAAGAUCUAUAAAACUUGAAAAUAGGAAGUUAUUUCUUAUAAAAAGCAUCUAGCCAAAACACGCAAAGUAUACAUUCAGCAUUGGAACACUGAGACAUACAACUGUUAUAGCAGUUGGUUGUCUGAGUCACUAUAGCUGCUUCUUAAAGUUUCUUGCUAUUAACAAACAGAGGUAGUGGUUAUAAAGCUGUUAAUCCCUCCAGUUCACAGAAUUCUUCCACUGUCACUUGUUCUGGCAAUGACUCAUGAUUAAUCAGUGCUUGAAGCAUUUAUUUUUACUAAGCAUGGCAGAAGAAAAUUUAAUAUCAUUAUUUACUGCAGAAUUUUUCUCUUAUAUAUUGCCUUUGACUCCAACGAAUCUGGAACCAAAAUGAAGCCAUGACCUUCCUGGAUUUCCAUGCCAACAUCCCACCUCUUUCAGGACAUGGUGAAGGGAUGGGAUUGUAGAGAUGAGGUAAGGGCAUGGAGAGCAGCUGGAAACGUCUUCAUUCCAAUGAAGAAGAAAUAUUUUCUGGUUGUGUCCUGAAAGGUUGCAGUACUCUUUGCUAUAUAAGGGUUAAAACAGUCUACCUGAGAAUGACUGGAUAAAAGGAGGGUGUUAUUUAUGCUGAGAAGCAGUUCUUUAAGCCUCCUUUCUUUGUCAUUUUAUGUAGACAUAAAUGACUCAAACUUCAGAUUUUCAGAAACUCUUGAACUUGGAGCAGUCAUUUAAAUGUACUGUUUUGUGAAAUAUUAUACAAUUAAAGUGAUUAAAUAUUCAUGAAAUAAACCAUUUGAAUGUUAUGAGAGUGCUUAUAUUUUAGGGCAUGAGAUAAAUAUGUAUUCUGUAUUCCAGGUUACAAUCAUGUUCAGUUAUCAUGAAGCAUAAAUCCAACCAUAUAUGAGUGACUUCAGGCUUUAUCAAUUGAGUUAUUAGCUUGAUUUGGAAUAUUUGUGUGUUUUUCUGUUGUUGAGCUGCCAAUGUUUAUUCCAUCAUUUUUAUUUUUUGAAAAUUCUCUGCUUUUUUGAAAAGUCUCUCUGUCUAUGUACGUUUGUCUCCAUCUUUUUCUCUCUAUGUGUCUCUCUCUGUCUUUCUAAGCUGAGCAACACAAAUGAACUGAACCGAAUGAUAAUCCAAGAUUAUCAAGUAAAGUGAAAUAUAUACAGAUAUAAAUUGAUUUUUUAAUUUAUAGUUUCUGUUUUUCCUUUUGUUUAUUCCUCCUUUUUUUAUGUUUCUUUCUAUAUCUUACCUAAGAGCUAUGCUGUGACUUUUUAAAGAUCUUUAAGUCUCUCAUUUCUAUGUUUUAUGAAAAAAAUUGCUAAAAUCAUAGGUUGCAAAACUUUCCUGAACAUCAUUAUUAGAAUAUAACUAAUGCAAUUUUUUCUGUCUUGCCUCAGUAAUGUAAAUUCCAUUUUUUAAUUACACAUACAAUGUAGAUUUGGAUUUUGUAGCAGCGACCACUUGGUAAGAUUAGAGUGCUACAAUCUUCCACAUAGAAAACAAUCACCAGCACAAUAAUUAAAUAAGGAUUUAUCUCUCUUUUUAGUUUGUAUCACUCACAUCAGUUUCACUUUACCGUGCUUUGCCUCCUGGACUCUGUCCAGGCAACAUCAGGAUGUGGGCAUUGAUGUCCAGUUAAAUGCAUCCUAUAGAGCUAUGUGGGCCCACAAUUAGACUCCUGUAUAUGAAAUGGAAUAUAAAAUCAGCAUUCCUGUAAGUACUUAGCUUCAAAUUCUGUUGUAAAUUUAUAACAUACCUUGAAACCCCAGUGAGCUACUUAAUAAUAAAGAUUUUAAAAUAAUCUAAAAA